UCUUGGGUGCUAGGUUCUUGGAUUGGGGGGUGUCAGGUAGGGGGGAAAGUAGGGAUCUUUGGUGUGCUAAACCCUGGUGGUUUUAGGACGGAUUUAUGGUUUGGUUUGUUCUUCAGUGUGGUGCAUUUGAUCGACCCUGUAGAGGCUGAAAUGCCUGAUUGUGAGGGUAGAUGUUGGUUCUUCAGCACCACAUUGGCUUGGAUUAGGAAAGGGAGGGGGGCAACAUUCUGAUUUACCCCCUUUUGGCUUUUCACCUUUUGCCCAUUGCGUCUUUCUGUUAGGAUAAUGGUGGUUUCAACUUUCAAGAACCGGAUUUAGGUAGUGCCCUGGUCAUCUCCUGGGGAUUUGGGGGGUGCAUCGGGCAGAUUAUCAUGGUGUUGAAGUGCUGCUUUUGAGGUGGUGGUGGUUUUUAUUUUUUUUUCUUUCUUACAGUUGCUUGAUGCCUUGAUCAGAGGUUGGAAUUAGGGAAAGGUCUCUGCUUUGCUGGUUCCUUUUCUCACUCUUUUGGUCCAGCUUAUCUGCUCGCACAGCUCCUGCUUGCUUUAAUCAUAGAACUGCCUGCUUUAAUCAUGGUUCAGGCCUUCAAGAAAUACACUUUGACCAUUGGCUUCUGAUGUGUAGAGUAUUUUCAGGUUAGCAAGUGAAGGAAUAAAAGAGUUUGGUUGCCUUUUCCUUCCCUUUGGAUGUAUGAUUGGCUCUGUUGUGGCUGAAAUGACUACAUCAGCUCAAGUUGGCAGCAAAUGUGAUCAGCUUUGGGGAUAUGAAGUAUUUUUAGUUAGUUUUAUUGAUGUGCCCUGAAGUUUGUUUUAGGCCAAUGCUGUUAAAUUUGGUUCUGCAUUUUAUAUAUUAUAUACCCUGAUAACCAUUAUUUUUGUUAUUGAUAGGAUCUGAGGAGCAAAGAUCACUGCUGAUCCCAAGCAAGAUUUCUAAUUGGUGGAAGCUGUUGACAGUAGUUGGAUUUUGAUGAGUCUACUGGUAUCUAGUAUAGUGCAGUAGGGGAUCUGCAGUUUCGUGGGACUCAUGGGUUCUUCUCCCUCCAAAGCCACUGGAGAGGAUGCCCUGGUUCUGUGCAAGGAUCGGAUGCGCCAUAUCAGACGAGCCAUUGACUCAAGAGAUGCAUUGUCAGCAGCACACUUAUCAUAUACUCAAUCCCUCAGUACUGUGGGGACUGCACUGCGGCGGUAUGCUGAAUCUGAGAUCUCACCAGAAUCAUCACUCUCCAUUUCAGAAGUGGAUAAGUCCCCUUCACAUUCGUCUAUGGCAUCUCCCUCGCCUUCGCGUGCAGUAGAGAAUGUUGCCUCUCCAAUGCAUCGAGCAAGUCCAUUUUCUACUCCUCCCGCAACGAGAAUCCACUGUAUGAAAGCGGCAGGAACCACACCUUUGACCUUCAUGAUUGAUCCAUCUGCUGCUGAAUUUGUGGGGCAAGAAUCCCCAGUCUCAGCUUUUGUGCCACCCCCACCACCAUUACCUCCAGAAUUAUGUACCUCAUGGGACUUCUUUGAUCCCAUUGACACUGCUGGUAGCUCGUCCUCCAACAAUGAGAAUGGGCUAACCUUGAACUUUAGUAGAUUGAAGGGUUUGAGAGAGUCAAAGGUAGCUGAAGUAGUGCCACUGAAAGAAGAAGGUGAAGAAGAAGAACUAGUUAUGUCUGAAAGAAGGCACACAGAAUUUCCUGGUGUUAAUUCACCAUCUAAGCAGGAAAGAGAGCCAGAGCAAAGUGUGAUCAGUAAACCAAGUGAAUUGGUGGAUGUUUCAUCCAAAGCUAAAUCUUCUGAGCAAGUUGCUGCAAAGGUGGAAGAAAGCGAAAUGGCAAAAGAAUUGUGUGCAGAGACAGAAGAUCCUUCGGAGUUCAUCACUCAUCGAGCGAAAGAUUUUGUGUCAAGCAUGAAGGACAUUGAAACGCGAUUUAUACGUGCAGCUGAAGCAGGGAAUGAGGUUUCCAGAAUGCUGGAGACCAAGAAGAUCAGACUAGACAUAUGCCCAAAAAUGCCAGGUUCUCCAGGCAAGCUACCUACUGCCCGAUUUGUGUCAGCGCUUCGAGUCUGCUGCAAUCGUGAUAUUAUUCUCAACCAGGAAACUGCACAUGUUUCAAAGGUUGUCACUUGGAAGCGUUCCGUCUCAUCUCUAUCGUCAUCAUCUAAGAGUGCACUCAUGACAUCGAUAAUUAAAGAUGAUGUGGAUGACAGUAACAGUGAUUUUGUUGAGGAAUUUGCCAUGGUAUCUGGAAGCCACUCUUCUACAUUGGACAGGCUACAUGCAUGGGAGAGAAAACUAUACGACGAAAUCAAGGCAAGUGAAAAUGUCAGAAAGGCCUAUGACGAGAAAUGUAACCUCCUCCGGCGUCAAUUUGCACGUGGCCUAAAUGCACAGCUGAUUGACAAGACUAGAGCUGUUGUAAAGGAUCUACAUUCCAGGGUAUCUGUUGCAAUUCAAGCUGUUGAUGCAAUCUCCAAAAGAAUUGAGAAGAUAAGGGAUGAAGAACUGCAGCCACAACUCAUUGAGCUGAUUCAAGGGUAUAUAACUUGCAUAUACCUAGCAAACAUUUUUGUUUACAUAGAUCAAUUCUUGUGUUUCUUUUACUGCAAUUCUGAAUGCAAACUUUCUGCUUCUUAUAUCCUUUCUAGUGUAUGUUAACAAAAUUCUGACUGU